AUGGAUUCCGAUUCAGACUCUGAUGGUUCUCACGUCUCCGCCACUCCUCCGAGACAAUCAAAUCUUCUUCCUCCUCCUCCAACGCCACUGCCAUUACCCAUAACGUCAUCUCCUCACCCCGCUCCAAAACCCCUUAACCCGCCCCCAAUUCCUUCUGCUCUGCCCUCAUCCCUGCCUUUCCAGAUCCGCCGCCCCUCUGAUCAGUCCCGUCUCGUCCCUACCGGCGAUUCCCUCCAAACCCUUCCCCCCGGCUUUUUCUCCAAGGUCCCUUCCUUCUCCAAACUUCGCAAACACUCUCUCACUUUCGAAAACGACGCCCCGCUACCGCUGCCCCGACCCGAAAUCGUUAUCGACCGCUCGGAACCCCGUCCGGUUCGCCCAAACCCGCUCAAAGUCCGCCGGAGGCAGCACCCUAAUUUGAUCGGCAGCAGCUUGGCUGACCCGCCUGUCAAAAUUCGAAACUGCUCCGGCGCAAGUGAAGGUAAUUUCGUGAAGCUUCAACUGAAUGGGAAAAGACGGGGCAAGUAUCCUAGCAAGUGCAAAGGCAGAACCAAAAGCCAAAACAAUUAUGCCUACAGAAAAACGAGGAGCAAGAGAAAAGCAAAAGCCGAGAGCGGAAUUGAGACGGAGAGCAUUUGUGGCGAAGAUGGGUUUGCUGGAGAAAUCCCGCAACCGAAGAAGAAGAGGGAAGAGCGAAGCGUUCGUCUGUUGCAGGAGGCAGUCUCGGCGGCGCGAGACGAGCCGUCCGAUGAUAAUCUGGUGAGGUUGCUGAACGUAGUGUACGGUCAUCAUUCGUUUCGCGGCGGGCAGAUGGAGGCGAUCAAGAUGGUUCUCUCGGGGAGAUCGACGGUGCUGGUUUUACCCACGGGUGCGGGGAAGUCGCUGUGCUAUCAGAUUCCAGCCAUGAUUUUGCCGGGGAUCACGCUGGUUGUCAGCCCUCUGUUGGCGUUAAUGAUCGACCAGUUGAAGCAGCUCCCUGCUGUGAUUCCUGGCGGCCUUUUGAGCAGCAGCCAGGUAGAGGAUUGA